AUCCAAGGUGGAUCUGCAUGUUGAAUUGGCACAGGUUUUACAAUGGAUGCCCUCCUGACGCAACUCCACAUUACAUGGAGAAAUGUGGCAGGGGUGGGAUUUGAACCUGGAACCUUCUGCACUGACACCAAGCGCAUUAGCCACUUGGCCAAAGACUGAAAUAAUGGUUAUAUGUCCUGCUUGGAUGAGGCAUGAUCAUAUUAUCCCUGCGUUGGCUUUUUUACAGUGACUACCUGUUUAAGAGUGGAUUUUUAUGUUCUCUUGUCUAUAAGAUCCUGAAUGACUGUGUGCCCUCUUAUCUGGCUGAACUGGUGGAGCUGUAUGUACCGCCACAUGCAAUGCGAUCCCAGGAGUCCAGUGUAUUGUUUUCUGAAGAUGAAUAAGAAUGUAUUCUGUAUAUAUGUAUUGUGCACCAAUUUUGCAGAACAGUCCGCCACCCCUCAAAAGCAAUCAAGUUCUUUGAGCACUUUUAAGUCCAGAUGCAAGGCAUUUAUUUUCUACAACUUAAAGUGGAUGCAUAUUAAGGAUGUUUGGGGAUUUUAUUAGUUUUAAUGUGAGAUUUGUUUUAUUUAAUGUAUAUUUUUUAUUGCAGUUACAUCUUGUUCAGUGCUUUGAUUUUUGUAAAGCGCCAUAUAAAUAUCAAAAUGUAUAUGCACACACACACACACACACAAAACAGGUUGUACAUCAUGUACACAAAGGUUAGAGAUGCGUGCACGCGACGGCUGUUCCCUAAACUCCUUUCAUACAAAACAGAAGAGACAGCCAAUCAGAAGCCGCCUUUCUUCGGCGAUACCCGGAUGUACCCGUGGGGCAAUUAGCUACGUCAUUGUUCACCGCCGGACACCCGCUGGAAAUAAGGAAUGGCUUUACAAAUGCUAAUAAUGUGUUCAUAAGAGAUUCCAGCUCAGUGUGUCCUGCAUGUCUGCAUUUAUGCCUCAUCUGCAGCAAUGAACAAUGACCAUAGUUGACAGAUCUUCAGAAAAGCCUGACCACGAGUCAGUCGGGCGCAAACGCCUCUCCUUCCCCGGUGAAAGUGUGGGAAUGGACGGUAGCUGUUCCAGCAGCUGGCCAGUGGGCAACAUCCUGCCCGGUGACUCUCCCAGGCUGAAGGCAUCAGGGAGCUGCCUGGGCCCGACUCCAGCAGCUGCUGUCUACAACAGCACGUCUUCUUCUGGGGACCGGCCCAAAGAGCAAGUUAUCACAGCAAGUGUUGAUGGCAUCGAGCUGCCACAGAAGAUCCUUUUCCAACCAGAGCGCCUCAACUUAAAGUGGGCACAAGUUCAUCGCAUUGGCGCUGGCUUGCAGAACAUGGGCAAUACCUGCUUCCUCAAUUCAGCCCUGCAGUGUCUCACCUACACACCACCAUUUGCAAACUACAUGCUGACUCGGGAUCACUCCAAAACAUGUCAUGAGCCAGGAUUCUGUAUGAUGUGUACAAUGGAAAACCACAUCAUUCAGGUUUUUGCCAAUUCUGGUAAUGUCAUUAAGCCGAUUGGAGUCCUCAAUGAACUCAAAAGGAUUGCAAAGCACUUCCGGUAUGGAAGUCAGGAGGAUGCCCACGAGUUCCUGCGUUACACACUGGAUGCUAUGCAAAAGUCCUGCUUGCUUGGAAACAAAUUGGAUAGGCAAACACAGGCAACCACUUUCAUACAUCAAGUGUUUGGAGGGUACCUAAGGUCCAGAGUUAAAUGUCUGAACUGCAAAGGAGUCUCGGACACAUUUGACCCUUUCUUAGAUGUUUCUCUGGAAGUAAAGACGGCUCCCAGUGUCUCCAAAGCUCUGGAGCAGUUUGUUAAACCGGAACCACUGGAUGGCGAAAACGCAUAUAAAUGUGCCAAGUGCAAAAAAAUGGUCACAGCUUCAAAGAGAUUCACCAUUCAUCGCAGCUCCUGUGUACUCACGCUCUCACUUAAGCGUUUCGCUAACUUCAGUGGAGGCAAAAUCACAAAGGAUGUGAAGUAUUCGGAGUGCCUGGACCUGCGACCCUUCAUGUCCCAGUCUCAAGGAGAGCCUCAGCUCUAUGGCCUGUAUGCUGUGCUGGUCCACUCUGGCUUCAGCUGUCACGCUGGUCAUUACUUCUGCUAUAUUAAGGGAAGUAAUGGGCAGUGGUACCAAAUGAACGACUCUUCUGUGUCCGUCAGUGACAUAAGGACUGUUCUCAACCAGCAGGCCUAUGUCCUUUUCUAUACAAGGUCCAGUGACAUAAAGACUACCGGGGACUACAGUCCCAUGAGCCAUAACCCAGGAAUCCCUGGUCAGUCAUCACCACGACCAGUGGUAAUACCUCGUACCAACACCCCCGCUCACCACACCAAUGUUGGAUUCAUUGGUCCUCAACUGCCCCCACAUAUGACCAAGAACGCUCUACAUGUCAAUGGGAAUGGAUCUCUGAGAGAAUACCCCACCAGCAGCAGUGUUGCAGGAACACCGAGCCAUGGGCCGGCUUCUUCCUCCUCCAUUCCCCACUCAGUCAGCCGACCCACAGGGAUACCAGACCAAGACAAACGGCAGAAACUCUCAUUCUUCAUUGGGCAAGGCAAACCGAUCCGGUUGUCGUCAUCAUCAGCCUCGUCUUCUUACAACUCAACGUCCCCCGCGAGUAGCUGCUUGUCCUCGUCACAGUCUACCUCAGAUGUCCGCUUUGUUCCAUGUCAGUUGAAUCACAUUAAUGAUGCGUCUUUUAGUAAUGGGGAUCACCACGCUGGAGGAAAUGGAGCGUCAUUCCUGGUCCCGUACAGCCAGGAGUCUUCUGAAGAAUCAGAUCAGGAGAACGGGGGCACAAUGGACAAUGGCCGCAAGUCUCACCUUAAUGGAAACCGAACAGAAGACGUUUAUGAUCCUGCACCGCAGCCCACCAACGGAGAUGCAGAAGUCCACUGUAACAGUAAUGGAUUAAACGGAGCGACUUACAUGUUGAAAUCCAACCAAAACGGUCACCAUUAUGGUAGUUUGUCUAGUCUGGAUAAUGUUGUUGCUAAUGGACUAGAAUGUGACCGUAGUCAGACUAGUAAAGAGGGCCAUAGUACUACCACAGGCCAUGUUACAUCUUCACAGAAGAUCCAUCUAGACACCAGUAAAAGUCAGCACCUGUCUGAGCCUAUCAUAAGGGCUAAAACUCCACCUGAACCUCAUCAUGCAGCAUGCUCUACAGCUAAUUCAACUUCUGCCAGCACAGUUUCUGUUAUAUCCAGAGAAUCUGCGCCCUCUUUUGUGCAUCAGCAUAACCCUGCGGCCUUAUCCACCCAGUCAGACUACUCCCAGAACACCACAGGUACUACAGCAGCUCCACAGCAGGUCAACAUCGGUUUGGAUGAAGUAAAAGAUCAAUACAAGGAUCGAACAUGGCCGAAUGGUCCAGCAGCGGGAGCUGAAGGACAGUCUGUUGCUAAGGAACAGUAUGAGUUCAAGCCCAGUUCCAGAGGAAAUCAAAGACACACUUCCCGAAACAAGGAGAGAGAAAGACUGUACUCCUCUGACUGGAGCAGAGACAAGGACAGGCAUCGCAGAGACAGGAGUAGGGACAGAGACUUUGAUGACUGUCACCGGUAUAGGCGGGACUAUAGUGAUCACCACCAUCAUCACUACCAUUAUUCAAACAGGGAUCGUUUGCCGCUUCAAGAUCGUUAUUAUAGGGAUGGGGAGUCUGGGCGUCACUGGGACCGAAGUGUUCACCACCCGAGAGAGCGGGACCGUGACCGGGGCUCCCACCAUUUCCACCGCCGCCGAUCCAGAGAGGAUCGGGGCCACGAGCAGCGAGGACACAGUUUUAAUUACCACAAGGACUCUCGCAGCCACUGGAGGUGGCAUCACGAGAGCCGAGAUUUCAGGGCGAUGGACAGGAGCAGCGGCAGGGAGAAGGACUAUUAUCCCUCAAGAGAGGAGAUUUCCACUCCUGCUGUGGCGCCGGACACUUCCACCAGGUACAAGGACUCACCUCCUAGAGGUGUUGCUUCCACGUUUAGCUCAGCUGCUAGCAGGGAUGAUCGAGAUCUGAAGAGGAGCGCUGCUCAUGUGAGUCGGGAGCGGGACGACAGCUACGAGGACCAUCGGAGUAAAAAACACAAAAAGAGUAAGAAGAGAAAGAGGUCGAAGGAUAGAGACAGACACCGGGACACUGGAAGCUCUGACGUGGAUUCAGACAGAACCAGUGAAUCUAGAAGGAAAAAGAGAAAGAGGCAGCACGACUCGUCCGAGCAGCGGAGCCCUUUGAGAGCUCGAAGCCAUAAGUCCAGGAGCAGUGAAGAACGGGAGAACCACAAGCGGCAUUACGGUGACAGAGAUGUGAAAAGUGACGUGGUUUGCCUGCCAGAGAAAAGCCGGCCCAUAAAUGACACAGACAGCGAUCAUGUACCCGCCUCCCACCACACGUCAUUCAUCGUUGUCACCAACAGAUCUGCCUCCCAUCAUGUCAACGGAUACACAGGAAACGAAUACGGCAGACCCAACGGCGACCCCUGCAGAAUGUUUGUUGGUCUGAAACAUUGACUGCAGCAGUCCAAUAUUUUAACAGCAGGGGAAUGACAACAAUUCUCUGAUGUGGUGCUUCGUCAUUGUUGAGGAGGAAGGAAAAUUAAUUAAAAACAAACUGUAUUUUUACCACGAUUUAAGUGUUUUUAAAUGUUCAAAAUAUUCCUUUUGUAAGGCAUUGAUUUUAUUUACCAUAAUUAUUCCAACUAUGGUUAAGCUAGUCACUUGACGAACAUUUACAGUAUAUAUAUAUAAAAAAAAAAUUUAAUAUAUACUUGUAAGAACACAAAAAGCCUGCUGGAGCUGAAACAUCUCGGCUGCUGUUCGGUGGAACUUGGGACCUGGGAAUGUUUUAACAUCUGUCAAAAAUCUCCGCACGAGUUAGCACACGAAAGAAGGGAGAAUUCCUUUUCCGAGGCAUCGUGUUGGUGGCGAAUCUAUGAUGUGGUCGUGUCUGCGGAGCAGCAGGUUUUCUUGUUUGGUUCUAGUGGUGCGACACAAACUAUUACUGAGAGAGCAGCGAGCGAGACCACCGACUGCAGCAACGGGAACAAAAGACUUCAAAGGCUCAUACCUCCAUGUAUACCUGGACAGACUUGAGGAUAUUUCCCAGCUUUUUGUUUCCAUUUUGCUGCAAAGCCGAAGAUUUGUCACUCUGUCAUUUAAAAAAAAAAAAUCUUUUUCCACACAUGCAGAAGGCUUUUUGCUUGUUUGGUUGGUUUUGUUUCCUUACCUUCCUCCUCUUCUUCUCUCCCUCUGGAUCACAAUUUUCCCUCUGGCAUUACUUCUUUCAAAAAGGAAAAAAGGACAAGGAGUAACUGCUGUGGACCAUUUUGUUUGCUUUCUAACACAAAAUAGUUUGUCUUCUAGUGUGUAAGAAUACUGUGAAUAUAUUUUGAACUGUACUAUCAGUUACUCUUCACAUGUAGAAAUCCUGUAUCAGGACUUUUUUUUUUUUAAAGGUUUAAUUUUGAUGAUAUUCUGUAAUCUUGAUUUUUUUUAUUUUAUUUUUUUCUUUCUUCAACCUAUCUUCAAAAACUGCUGUUAUACCUUUUAGUUAGCAUGUCAAAAUUUAUACAAUGAAUAAGGUAAAAGCCUUAAAAUACAUUUGUUAAUGUCAAAACUUGCAAUUUAUUCUUGGUGUUUGGUUUUUGUUGAGAAGCUGCAGUGAAACGUAGGAAAAUGCUGAUUUGAAAUGACUGAGGAAGUCGUUAAGAAUCCUGGAAAGCUCCCAUCUGCCGUCAUAAAUUAGAUUGUAGUCGAGCUUCUUGUUGACUGAAGUAUGAUACGUGUAGAUGAAUGGAGAAUUAUGGCAGUCGUUCUCCACUUGGGACUAAUUUUACUCCUCUUGCUUAAAAUUUGUAUACUCCUCAACUUGCACCAUUUUCGGUUCCACAUAGUAACCAAAGACUAAAUUUUGUGGUUCAGGCUCACGAGUCUCAUGCACAAACCAUUUCUGAUCAGCAAAGUAUUUUUAUUCAGAGCCUUCAUCAAAGAGUUGAGGAGAAGAUCCGCCUGACAAAUGUCGAGUUUUUUUAAAAUCUAAAAUCUUGAUUUGGUAUUCCCAGCCUUGGAAAUUGCAGUGUCAUGAGUGUUUUGAUCCAGAUUCCAGCAGGUUCUAGAGUGCAGUCCACUUGUCUAACAUGGCAUAGAGCUCUGUUCAGAUUCUCAAUCGCUCACAUCCUACUUACAAUGUUGUAAACCAACUAAACAAACAGCUGUACGUGGCCACCGUAAUGACUUUCAUGCUGUGUAACACAACAAAAAAAAUGUACAUUAUACAGUAUGCAUGAAUAAAGCCACUUGGGGCCGCUAUUAAAUUGAACAAAUACAAAAAGAGCUGAAUUUAAUCAUAGAAGUGAUUAAAUUCAACAAUUUAAACCAUUAAUAUUCGUAAAAACAACUUAAGAGAAAAUCGGUGGCCAUAAUAUAAGUGAAGUUUCUCCUUGGUGAUAAAUCAGCGUGUUUGCAUAUACAGUCAGUUCGGAGCUCGCAGUCAGACCAGCUGAUUUAAAAGCUUGAGGUUUUCUGCGCUGACAGAAUGCUACAAAAAAAAAAAAAAAACACGGCAGUCGUCUCAUCAGUCAAAGGUGG